CCCUGGAGAAUUUGAGAGAAUCAUUUCCUUUUUAUCUUAUCAGAGAGGUUACUUUCAUAAUGACGUAAAUGUAAUUUAGAUACUUGCUGUCCUUGAAUAUCAUUAUUGAAAUAUGUUAGUGACGACAAUUUUCUCUUCGAGAAAAGAGAAAAGAAAAUAUAUUAUUGCACGACUUCGUCAUUGUAUAAUAUAAAUGGUAAAUGAUGAUGGAAUAUCUUGAUAAAAAUAAUGAAACAUCUAAAGGUGCAAGAAUGAAGCAGGAUAAACAACAUGAAAUUUCAGAAAACAAAAAUGUAACAAAGACUGGCUUAGAUAUAUAUACAUCUCGAGUAGACCACAAUGCAACUGAGGAUAAUCUGGAAAGGAAAAUAUUAUCAUUGAAACAUUUAUUAGAAAAAGACCCAAAAGCUGCUGAUUUAAAAUGGUCUCUUUUUGUGGCAGCAUCCAAUACUUACCGUUAUGACAGUUGUUUAAAGCCAUUUCCACCUAUGUACAUUAAGAACGAGUACAAAGACAUUGAAGCUUUGAGAAAAGCCAUAGAAUCAGUUCCUCCUUUAUCCUUGAUAUGCAAAGAACUUAAUGAAGCUGGUGCAUAUGACAAUUAUGGUGAAAUAAUAGAAUUAUUAUAUUGGGUAUUGCUACGAUUCAGAGAUCCACACAUCAAAAGUGUGCAAAAAGAAUGUUAUGAUUCAAUAUUGAAGAAAGUGCCAUUGGAGGUACCAGUUACACCUCCAAAUCUUAUAUUUCAAGUGGCAAGUGCAAAACAAUCUGCAACAGAAGAGAAAUGGAAAUCAAGUGCUAGAGAUCAUUCAACAUUUUAUGCUUAUCAUGGCAGUCGUUUAGAAAAUUUUCAUUCCAUCGUGCAUUAUGGUCUACAACAAAAUAUGUGCAAAAGAUCACAAUUCGGCCAAGGAAUUUAUCUUUCGAGCGAAUUAGGAGUGAGUUUACCCUAUAGUCCUGUGGGUUAUGGAUGGGGAGGCAGUCUUCUAGGAAGUGAGUUAAGUUGUAUAGCUCUCUGUGAGCUUAUCAAUCAUCCUGAUAUAAAGAGAGGAGAUUCAAGAGAUAGUGCACGAAAUACAUUGAGUGAUUCAAUUGGUGGAAGAAUACCAGACAAGUAUUUUGUAGUGACAAAUAGUGAUUUAAUAAGGAUACGCUAUCUGCUUGUCUACAUCCAAGAUCUUCAUAUAACUAGAACUGCUGAUAAUUCAGGAUUACUUGUAUGGUUCAAACAACACAAAUUAUUAACGUUUAUAAACCAUGCAAAUCAGGAGAAUGUUAAAAAUGUAAAAUCAAUUCAUUUACCAGUGAAUGCAAAAAGAGCGGCACUAGGAGAAAUAAGUAAUAGAGUUAAUACAUUGAGAGGUGCACAGCCUAUAGAUAGGACUAGCUUACUGCAGAAGGAUAAGAAAGUGGUAAUAUCAAAGAAACAUGCUGUGAAACCAAAUGUGUCUGAAAAGCCAGUGCAAGUUGUACAGCCGGUUAUUUCUGUCACGGCUAAAGCAGAUAAUGUGUCUAAUGCAGCCACCAUCUCAGCGAUUCCUGUUAGUCAGAAAAAGAAAGGGAUACCAUCGUCGACAGACUUAUUGAAGUCUGAAGAUAUUGACGAACAAGAUAAGGGAAAUCCUGUUUUAGUUUCCAUCUAUACUAAUGAAAUACAUGAGUAUUUAAGGACAUUAGAAAAAAAGACCCCUAUUAUAAAAGGAUUUCUAACGGGCCAGGAAGUUACACCCAAGAUGAGGAGUGUUCUGGUAGAUUGGUUAAUCGAAGUACAUCAACAAUUUCGAUUAAUGCAAGAAACAUUGUAUCUCACAGUUGCAAUUAUUGAUCGUUUUUUACAGUCUGACAAAACUAUAGACAGAAAGAAACUGCAGCUGGUAGGUGUAGCAGCCAUGUUUAUCGCUAGCAAAUAUGAAGAAAUGUAUUCGCCGGAUAUAAGUGACUUUGUAUACAUCACAGACCAGGCAUAUACAAAGUUAGAUAUAUUGGAAAUGGAAAUGCGCAUAGUGAAAAUUCUAGAGUAUUCAUUCGGCCGACCAUUACCGCUGCAUUUUCUUCGAAGAUACAGCAAAGCUGGGAAGGCGCUCCCUAUCCAUCAUACAAUGGCCAAGUAUUUCCUUGAACAAAGUUUGGUUCACUAUGAAAUGUGUCACUAUUCACCUAGUCUCAUCGCUGCAGCAGCAUUAUAUCUAGCAUUUUUAAUUAUUGGUAAUGAUGAAGACGAAGGCAAAGAUAUCUGGACAGACACUUUAACAUACUACAGCACCUAUUCCAAGGAUGAUGUAUUACCUGCAGUGCGUGAUAUUGCUGUCAUGAUAAUUAAUGCAGAAACAAGCAAGUAUCAAGCUGUGAGAAAGAAGUACGUUCAUGUGAAGCAUAUGAAAAUUAGUAUUCGGCCAGAGCUCAAGUCGCCAAUUAUGGUUUCCAUUGCAGCAAGAAGUAAUGAAACUGAAUUAUAAUAUAGAAUAAAUUUUUUAUAUUUGUAACAUUAUGUUGAGAUAUAUUUUCAAUAAGAUAUUUGUAUAUCAUAUAUUUUGUAUUAUGUAUCGAUGCUUAUUAUGAUGUUAUAGUUUCAUGAGAGAGAAGAGAGAGACCGAGUCCUUCAAGAGCAAAAAGAAAAAGAAUUUUAUCACAUAGUGAUGAAUGUUAUAGAUUUUGAUGUACAAAUUUUUUAUUGAAUCUAUUGUCAAAGUCACAAAGCGAAAAAUGGGACGUAUUUAGAGAUUAUAUACAAAAAUUUGUUAAGAUAAGCAUGAAAAUUUAGUCAGGUAUCACUGACGGACUUUAUGUUGGACUGCGAUAAUUAAACUAGAUAUAGCAGAAAUUAAAAUACAUCUUUUAUAAUGAAAUAUUAAAUAAAGCUUUUAAUUUUUUUUAUUCAUAGCUAA